AAAUUUGUCAAAUAUAUUUUCCCUUUCAUAAAGCCAUGAUGAGUUUGUCGAAUCAAAUGGUAAUUCUCCAAGCUCCGUGUCACUACAUCUGUAUAGAGACCAAAAAACCGCAGAUACUGGAUCCAUGGUAGACGAACAGGAGGCUGGAAAAAUACAGCAAGCCACGCAGCAUCUGGAGGAGAAGUCGUCAUUUCGAGUAUUACCCUUCUUCAGAACAAUGUACAUCUGUAUAACCGGAGUUUCAAAAAAAGCAUCGGCCCCUCGUCCGAAUAUUGUGUCAAAUGACAUAACACUAGACUUUUCCCUCAGGAUUACAACAGGAAGUUUCAGACGUUUCCCAACCACUUUCAGGCGUGGUUGAUCUCAUUUAAGAUCUAACUCUUGGCGCGCACCAGGGUCUCUAUGGUGAUGGUGUUUCCUUUCGGUUUCAGACUUCCCCUCUGCCCCAUCUCCUUUUCUUCGCUCGGCCAUUCAUGCCUAGAAUCUUGUCCUCGGCAUUCGGCUGGUGGGGUCUCGGUCUCUAUGGUGACGGGCGGGGAUUUCCAGGCCGCAGGAUGUCGACGGUGUCUAAGGUGGUUUUCGGUGUUUCCGUGGUAUUGACAGUGGGCACGGUGGCCGGGGUCCAUCUUAAGCAGCAUCUGGACAGGGAGAGGUUGCGAGAAGGAGUUUUCAGAGACCUUGAACGACAGGCACGCAAAAAGGAGAAUCUUCGAAUUCUGGAGGAACAGAUUAGUCUGACAAAGAAACUGGAAGCAGAUCGACUUCAGCAAAAUUCAUUGACCCCAGGAAGCUCUCAACAGACUGAAAAGCAGUAG